ACGAUCGCCGCCAUCGUCACCGCCCUCGGCGGGGGCCUCGCGGCCGUCGGCAUCGUUCGCAUGUCCGGCGCCGACGCCGUCGCUGUCGUCGCCCGCGUGUUCCGGACGGCCAGGAAGGAGCCGGCUCCCUGGAGGCCCCGAAGCCACUUCAUGGAGUACGGGGUCGCGCUGGACGGAGAUGGGGGCGUCAUCGAUGAGGUGCUGGUGGUGCCCAUGCUGACUCCAAGAUCCUACACCCGAGAGGAUGUGGUGGAGCUCCAGUGCCAUGGGAACGACCUUUGCUUGCGUCGCAUGCUGAGGGCCUGCUUGGAGGUCGGUGCCAGGCUCGCCGACCCUGGUGAGUGAGCAUCAAUUGAUCAGCUUGUGAACUGGAUUGUGACCGCUCAAGAAGCUACAACUGAGCCAUGGGCAAGGGACAGACUUGCAUCGACAUCGUGGUCAUUGGCGAAUCGGUAGUAUUGUUGUACCGGUAGUAUUGUUGUACAAGUUUACUGUAGUAUUUUGAUGAUUGCCUUCAUUCAUGUUUCAACGUGAGCUCUAGGUCGAAGUUGCAAGAAGCAAGGAUUCAGGAUCUAGGCAUGCAUGCAUGCUCUCUUAGCCAUGCUUCUGCUCCUUAGGAGAUGUGAAUUUCUAGGAUUUUUGAUGUACUCCCAGCAUUUAUCUUUUCUCUUAUCUCUUUGUUGUUUUGCUAGAACCGUAAAAUCCUAAUGCAUGAUGAUCAUGGUUUGUUUUUGUAGAUCUGUUAUGAUGGCGCUUAAAAUUUUA